AUGCUCAAGAAAACCCUCCUCACAGCAGCCAUCUGGCUCACCCGGAUAACGCUGGCGACAGUGACCGACGUCCCGGGCAUCAUCCCCCCAAUCCCCCGCGUCGCAGACAUGGCCAACGUGGACACAUCGAAAUACUUCAAAAAGCACCCUGGCGACUUCCAACACCCAGGCCUGUGGCACACACACGACGAUCUCGAGCGCGUGCGCAAAAAUGUCAAGGCGGGUAAAGAGCCCUGGGCCUCCGCAUACGCCCGUUUCGCAGCGGAUCCGUACUCGCAGGCGAACUAUACGAUGGAAGGGCCGUACCCUGUCAUAAGUCGCGGGUCCAAAUCGAACUACACAUCCUUCGCGCACGACGCGCGCGCAGCGUGGCAGAAUGCCUGGAUGUGGUAUAUCACUCGAGACCAGGGCCAUUGGGAUACGAGCACUCGGAUCCUCGACGGGUGGGGGUCGACAUUGACGAACAUCAUCGGAACAGACCGAUCACUGAUGAUCGGGCUAGACGGCGAUCUGUUCGUAAACGCUGCGGAGAUUAUGCGCUGGGAAGGCAACUGGACGGAAUCCGGCGCGAAGUGGCAAGGAGGGAGCGGGUUCAGUAUCCAGCUCUACUGGCUCUUCUCGAGACAAUCGAUUCCGAUCGGGCAAGCGAAUUACGGCAUGGCGAGUAUCAAGGCGCUGCUCAGCUUUGCGGUUUAUCUUGACGAUGUGCAGUUGUGGAAUUAUGCGGUUGAUGCGUAUAUCCAGGAUAACUGUGCGGGGCUCUUUGCUACGUAUGAGCCCAAGACUGGGCAGAGCGGGGAGGCGGGACGGGACCAGAGCCAUGCGAUGUCUGGGCUCGGCUGGGCGGCGUAUGCGGCGCGCGUUGGACAGAGUCAGGGGUUUGAUCUCUAUGGGCUAGGUGACAAUCUGCUGCUCAAGGGUGCGGAGUAUGCGGCCAAGUAUAACCUGAAUGAGAGCGUGCCAUAUGAUCCUAGUUGGUACCGGUGCGAGGCGGUGCUGGUGAAUGGGCCGUGGAAUGAGAUUUCAGAGGAGAAGAGGGGAGUGACGAAUGCGAAUCCGGUGUGGGACGUGCUGUAUUAUCAGUAUGUCAAGAAGAGGGGGAGGAAGGCGCCGUGGACGACCAAGGCGUGGGAGGAGGAGGGGUUCGAGGGCGCUGUGAGCUCCAAUGAUCAUCCCAGCUGGGGUGAUUUGAUCUGGGCUUAUUAG